GUUCAAAUGCUUUUCGUGUUGGUUAUCAAAACUUUAUUAUAUUAAAUAAUUUAUAUUAAAUAAUAUGUUUGAUAGUUCAAAUGGUGUUCAAAAACCAUGAAAUCCGUCACUUUUGUGGCUAUAAUGUCUUGGUUUGUGAUGACAACAGAAAUGUCGAAACUUUACAAAAAUUUUAACAUUUUAAAACGGAAUCUUUGCCAGGUGAUCAUAUACACUCCAUCCCAUAUAAAGUUCAUUAUGACGAUUCUGAACUAUUCAAUAUGGUUGUGCAAAUUAGCAACAAGCUCCAGAAGUUAAAAGGAAACGUGUCACUACAUUUUAAAUUCAUCACAGAUGAGGAUGAAGAUAAAUUCUUAAUGGAUAUUCUUCAUGUUGUAGAAACAUAUAGUAUCAAAGGUAAACUGAAAACCAAAAGAACGAAAAUAGACCUCCUUUUGAAGAUUGGUAAAAAAACGUAUUGUAGUCGGCGAUUAUUUGAUGGAACCAGAACUAAAGGAAAAAAAUGUCAAAUGGAAUGUGGACUUAGAAGUUGUACGUACAAUAAACCCUGCUUAGUUGCAAUAACACUAAGUGACGACUGUCUUGACGAUAAACGCAAAGAUGUGCCAAUGUAUACAUAUAUACAUACAUCAACAGAUUCAUUCAGUGAAACUUAUACCAGUCUAGCGACAAAUAAAUAUUAUUUAGACGAUGACACAACAGAAAUAACAGAUAUUUCUAUGAAACACACAGAUUCAGAUAAAAGUGGAGAUCGACAUACAUAUCAUUCAAUAUCAAGGAAAGAUGCACUAGCAUAUGGUAUAGGAGGCUUCUUUGUAGUAUGUGUGGCACUACUUGUCUAUGUGUGCGUGAGACGGUAUCGAAAUAAACCUGAUGCUCAGCAAACAAUGGAAUUAAACACCUAUGCAACUACAAAUCCAGUUUUGUAUGCGGAUCUAGAAAUAGCACGAGGCGGGAAUCGAACACCGGCACGGGUAGAAGAAUCGCCUUAUGCCGAAAUUAUUGGCGUCUUAAAACCUAAGGAAAACGUGGAAACAAAUAAAAUAUAACUCACAUAUUGUA